AUAGGCAACCUGGCGUUGACGUACAAGAAUCAGGGCCGGUGGGAGGAGGCCGAGGUACCACAAGCCAAAGAACUUGAACUGUGUUCAAGUUCGCUAGGUCAACGGCAACCCGAUACUCUGAUCUGCAUGGAGAAUCUCGCCUUUAUUUGGAAGGACAUGGGUCGCCACGAAGAUGCUCUUGAUCUACGACAAGCUUGCUUUGAUGUCCAGCAACAGGUAUUGGGCACAGGUCAUCCGGACACCGCGUCUACGCUGUUAACUCUGAAGGCAUGGCUGGAGGAGGACCAACAGCCGCCAGUAUAG